GUGACCACUGUUGUUAUGGAUAAGACGGGUACUGUGACAGAAGGUCGUCCGCGCGUUUUCCGUAUAUACACUGUUAUCGGCGAAAAUUGCAUGUCACUUUUCAAAAUGUUCGCAGCAAUUGGCUCGGCAGAAUCGAACAGCGAACAUCCACUUGCGAGCUCUAUUGCUUCAUUUGUGAAAGAGUGGCUAAAAACAGAAGAAUGGGCAACAGUACAGCGAUUUCGCGCUUCUGCUGGAAACGGCAUUUCGUGUGAAGUAACAAAAAUCAAUGAUAUGUUGCGUAAUGCAAGCCAAGAGAAGGUUGACACAUCCAUCAAGUUGGCCAGUGGUCAACUGUCAUUAUUUGAAGAUUUAAACGAGGCUGAAUUUAACGAAAACAAACCGUUUCGUGUUGUGAUUGGCAACGAACGAUGGAUGACAAAGAAUGCCGUUCCAGUUGAUGAUUUUGUUGGUCAAAUCAUUGAGCAAGAACAGACCAACGGCAACAUAUCCGUACUGUGUGCAAUUAACGGCCAUCUGGUCUCUGUGAUAAGCAUAGCAGAUCGAAUCAAAAAAGAAAGCGCGCUUGCUGUAUGGACACUUCAGCGUAUGAAUAUACGAGUAAUUCUACUAACUGGUGACAAUGCACGUACUGCAGAAGCAACGGCACGUCAAGUUGGCAUCAGAGAAGUGUUUGCUGAAGUACUGCCAAAUCAAAAACGAACCAAAAUUGAGCAGCUUAAGGAAGCAAAAGAGCGGGUAGCGAUGGUUGGUGAUGGUAUCAACGAUAGUCCAGCGCUUGCCAGUGCAGACGUGGGUAUUGCAAUUGCUGCUGGCUCGGAUGUUGCUAUUGAAAGUGCCGGUAUUGUGCUUGUAAAAGUAAGGCUUUGA